AUGGUCGACCCUCUCAUAAAAGAAACUCGAUCUGCCUUGGAAUUGUUACUCGUUGAAACGGAGCAAGAGAUUGCGCGACUCCUGCAAGUAGCUAUUCAAACCAAGACCUCUAUCAACAGGCACUCUCUCACAUCAUCCCUGCCACCCGAGAUACUUUCAGAAAUCUUCGUCCUCUGCUGCCAACCCAAUUACAAUGCCAUCGGAGGAGUGGAUAGACAGGGGAUAUGCCCUUUGCGCCUCUCUGCCGUCUGCAAAGCAUGGCGCGAGUUGGCGUGGACUACGAGCCGCUUGUGGUCCGUUAUCAUCUUGAUCUUUCCAAACCCUCAUGCUUUGCAUCUUGAGGAAAUUUUCGCUUCAUGGAUUGAACGGGCAGGAAAUCAACCCCUUUCCAUCCGUUACGAUAUCAGAGGCAAUGGCCUGCUAGACCGUCUUAUCCGACCCCAAGAUACUCUCAAAUGGAAAAACGUCUCAAUCUUCAUCCCUUCGGAAUCCUUGCCUGUGAUCAAGAAAUACGACUAUUUUCCACUCCUAGAACAUCUAUCCAUUCGCGUUCGAGCCGCUAGUUCUGACAAGUAUGAUCUUGAAAAUUUCGACAUCUUCAACCCUUUCAGUCUGCCAAGCAUAACUCGUCUGCAUGUGCCGCAGUACCUACGGCGUUUCAAACACAACUCGAUGUGGCUGCAGCUCAGAACGUUCUCCGCAAGUACAAUUGGCCACGAGCAGCUGUGGGAUAUUUUAUUUUCUGCUGAAUUCCUUGAAGUUUUCAAUGCGAACAGUCUUGAGCCACAUAGCAAGGGUAAUAUUCCGGAGACUGUCAAUCACUCCUACCUCCGACGUCUGGUCUUGAAGGAGGUAGAUUCAGGCACUUUGAAUCUACUCCUAAGCACGCCAGGUAUCAGCACUCCCAACCUCGAAGAUCUCACAAUCGAAAUAAGCUAUGGCUCCCCAGACUCCACCUCCCUAUCCAAUUUUAUCACCUCUUUGCAUCAACUCCGGCGGUUUAAAGUGAAAUAUGAUGAUCACCAUGAUCCAGAAUGGUUUUUUCAUUGGCUUCUGAAUAUACCGUCCCUUACAGAACUACAUGUUGAAACAUCCACAAGGGCAAUCACAAACAUCGUUUCUGCUCUGGGCAAUCCCGCAUCUACGGAAACAAAAAUGGAAUAUCUCCCUUUGCUUGUUGAUCUCACAAUCACUGGUUUCUUUUGGGGGAGCAAUUUCAUGGUCAAGGAUAUCCCAGAGAUGCUGGCAUACAGAUCGUCUGGACUUUCUCCCUCCAUCUCAAGGCUCAAACGUGCUUUCAUACAUCAGAAAUCUAGACCUUUUUCUAAUGAGGACCUCGAAGCCUUCCGAACGGCGUCUCUUGGUGAUCUGGCAUUUACAGUGGUAGACUCCUGGAAUGGAGCUCACCGGAUCUGA